AUGGUCAAUGAAAUCAUCAAUUACAAUCUGUCACUACAAGGUCAACUUGAGCUGCUGAACUCAUACGACAUUUUAUUUUCUUGCAUAGAAACAGUUGUGUUUGUGAUUGUGAAGCUGCCAACCCUUCCCAAAACUUUGGAAGGGGUAAUCAGUAAGGAAAAGUUCAAAAAAUCUAGAGCUUAUAGUCUUGAUAAAAUCUACUUCCACUUCCUUCAUGGGUUUGUAACAAUACUGAUGGACUCUGCUAUUUUGCUGUAUGGGGUAUUACCUUGGUUCUGGAAGAAAUCAUGUGAUACUUUGGAAUCAAUUGGAUUUGAUUCAGAGAAUGAAAUGUAUCAUACACUUGCAUUCUUAGCUGGUGUUAUGAUUUGGUCUCAGUUGACAAACUUACCAUUUUCUCUUUACUCGACUUUUCUUAUUGAAGAGAGGCAUAGUUUUAACAAGCAAACAAUCUUGCUUUUCUUUCGUGACAUGAUUAAAAGCAUGUUUUUGGCUGUAGUUAUUGGACCACCUGUUGUGGUUGCCAUCAUUUUAAUAGUACAUAAAGGUGGACCCUACUUGGCUAUCUAUCUUUGGGGGUUUAUGUUUGUGCUAUCUCUCGUCAUGAUGACAAUCUACCUUGUUCUUAUUGCACCCCUUUUCAACAAAUUCACACCUCUGCCAGAUGGCAUGCUUAGGUCAAAAAUUGAGAAUCUUGCUUCCUCUCUCAGCUUCCCUUUAAAGAAGCUGUUUGUUGUUGAUGGAUCUACAAGGUCAAUCCAUACAUGUAUUGUUCUAAAGAAUUAUCUUUUUUUUACACUCCACUAAUUGUUCUAUCUACAGGCAUAUAUGUAUGGGUUCUUUAAGAACAAGCGUAUUUCAUUCCGUAUCAGAAAUCCAUAUUUCAGUCCGUAUCAGAAACCCAUAAUAAAAU